AUGAAAGGUGUCAAAUCCAUCUUGAGAAUGCAAAAAACUGGUAAAACUGUGGAAAUCAGCACCUUGGAGACUGUCUUGGCUGACAUGGGGCUUUACCUAACUCAGGAUGAGGUGCAGCAGGCUCUCAGUCAGACAACAGUGAAUAAGGAUGGGAGUGUGGAUUUGAAAGACUUCAUGUGGGCCAUCCAGAGUAUCCCCAGUAUCCAAGACAAACAAGUGCAAGUCGAUAACUUGGAUUCUGUACUGAGUGGCAUGGGGAUCUACCUAAACCAGGAAGAACUGCAGGAAGCAUUGAAGCUGACAAAGCAUUAUGAGAAUGAGAUGGUAAAUUUGAAAGAUUUCAUCAGGGCUUGCAAUGCCACACUAACCCUCUCCAGCAUCGAUGGAUACCCAAGAAAAAUACCGGGUGCAAAGCCUCUGAAGUUGCCCAAGGUUAUAGAGAAGCACAGCCGCCCCCCAAAUCCUGGCAGAAUGCUCUCUUCUGUGACUCUUUCUGAGAUGGCCUCAUUAAAAGCAGUGAAAGAUCUAACUAAGCCACAGCUGGAAGCAUUCCGUGAUGCUUAUGAUACCUUCAACAAGGACAUCGAUGGCAAUGUCGAUCUACCAGCUCUAGAAACCACAGCCCAGAAUUUGGGGAUCAACUUAACCGAGGAAGAAGCUUUUGAUGAGCUAGUAUAUGCUGACACAGAUGGAGAUGGAAAGGUGAAUUUCACAGAUUUUCUUAAUAUCAUCACAGACAGCAAGCACUUCAUUCAAGCUGUGGCCCCUAAAAAAGGUGAUAUAGAGACUGUUGAUGCCAGAGGGAUUUUGUUAUUCGAACUCUUGUCAAGGCUAGUGGAGAUGUCUAUGCUGUCAAGAAAGACCACAGUGAAUAUUGUCAGCUAUUAUCGGAAAAAAUUCCUGGAGGCUACCGGCAAGAAAGCUUGGCGGGCUGAUAGCAUUGAUGAGGACAUAGAUAGAAGACGCUAUCCCAGGAAGCGUGGUAUGCAUAAAACCCGCUCCAGCCCCCUGUCUGCCUUUGCUGGUGCUGCCCGCAUUUGUGUCAUGAAUGACCAAGAGUUGCGAGAUUACACAGAACGUCUCAGAGCAACCAUUAAGAUGUCUGAGAGCCCUUAUGCUCAGGUGCCCAUCUUUCCUUUGAUUCCCAACCGGGACAACUUUCUGAAAGGACGGCCAAAGAAAGAUCUCCAGAAGCUGGAGGCACAACGAAGGAUGGAACCCAUUGCAUCAUUUGAGGACCAUUUCUUUCAUAAGAAAAAGUGGCUAAAACAGGAGGCUAAACUCCCCAAGGACAAUAAACCCGCACUUACUCUCGCACCAAAACUGACACAAAGACGGGAACAUUUAACGAUUGACAACCUAGCUGAAAUCCGACGUGAAGUGCAAAAAGCAACUGCUGCCUACCGAAUGGCCAUUGCUCUCCGGGAGCGAAAGAAGUCACUUAGGCUCUGGCGAAGAUUGCGUGGAGGAGAGAUCGGCCUGGAGACAGGGAACUCCACCUUUUACCAGACCUUCUCCACAUAUUCCUGGUCUUGGAAUGUCUGUCAGGAAUUGUUGACACCACGAGAACUUCAGGAGUAUGAUAAUAAACUGUAUCGUCGUCGUUCCUCUCGAUCAUCCACUCCUGCAGAUAAACGGUCCAGUCUGAGUAGGAGGCAAAAUAGAAGUCAGCAAUAACUCCAGACCUUGCUGGCCAGAGCAUCUUCUACCAUUUUUGUGAGGUGUUCCACAAAACAGUCUCGGGCUGGUAUCCGGGCCACCAUUCCUGCAAUAGGAAAUUCAGGGUUUCAUCUUUGUAUGCUGGCUAAUACAGUGAAAAGUUAAGAUAUAAGAGGCAAGCCAACUCUCUUCUCUCUCUCUAUUUAGCUUUCCCUUGUUUUUUAGUAUCAUCUGACAGUGGGGUAGAGAGAUAAAGGAUGGAAAAGGGAAAGAAAAUAUUUAAUCUAGGCUUUGAGCACAUUUUUUGUCAGUAGACUGUAACCAUGUAAUCUACAUUUCAAUUUCACUCUGUUAAUGUUAGGGCUUCCAGAUGCACAUGUGGGCACAUAAGGAAAAUAUGUCUCUUUCCAUGCCAAUCACUCCCUUCUCCCAUAUGGACUAGUCAACCGUAUCUAGAUUUCAGAGUCUGAGCCCAUUUACACUACAUAAUUAUAGCACUAUUAUUCCACUGCAAAUGCCAUGUUUCUGUCCUGUGGAAUUCUGGGAUUGACAAUUUAUGAAGGCGUAUUGAAAAUGCUCAGAGCUCUAACGCCUCAAUGAGAUAGCCUAUGGAGCCAAGGCAAUCACAAUGGAAGAAUAGCACUAGAGAGAUGUAGUAUGAAUAAGUACCUGGCAUGCUAGGAGGUACUUCAUAGAGGUAAGAAUUAGAA